UCAUUAGCUGCCACCAUGGCCUCCAAUCCUGCCAAGAGGAAGCCCUUUGGCAACUCGGGACCGCAAGCGUCUACGGGCGCAUCUCGAAAGCGCGCAAAAACAUUUGAUGCUCGCACCCUCGCUGUGCAAUCAACCGACGCUGCCCUCUCGGUGACAGGCGAGUUAGAUGUGGACGCCUAUGCCUCUGCCCGUGCAUUCGAAAUACAGGCCCUCGAAAAGGGGAUUCAACGUUCGAAGGAUGCCAAUACAAGCAGAGCUUUUCAGAAAGUGCCGCGUUCUCUGCGGAGGCGGACAGCGAGUCAUAAUGUGAAACGGGUUCCGACGAGGCUGAGGGCGAGAGCGAAGCGUGAGAUGGCCGAAGAUAAAACGCCGACCGUUACUGCGCGUAGACGAAAGCCCACGCAAAUAAUGCGCAUCCGCCUCGAGACUGCUAGACGUGCGCAGAACCUCAAUGCCAAGUCGAAAGCACGACGUGCAGCGAAAAAGGGCGAAUCAGACAAAGAGACUAGCAAGAAGCUAAAUGCUGAGGGUAGUCAUUCUUUCAACACUGCGCCGAGAAUACCCAAAAUCAAAAAGAAUAAGCUUUCAAGGCCACCUCCACCUGAAGCUAAGUACCGCAAGCGUCAGCAAUCCAAGACUUGGCUGCCGACACACAUGUACCAUGCGAAGCGCGCACAUAUGGCGACGACCAAAAAUCCGAUUUGGCGAUUUGCAAUUCCCGUCUCGCCCACUGAGAAAAGUUAUAGGCCGACCCAUAGAGCGCGUGGGUCUCGAGGUGCAGUCGCAUGGGAUAUGAGCUAUAUGUCUACCAUUCAGCUUGAGGGAGUGGAGCAGUGCAUUGAAACUGUUUUGCGAACUAUCGGUGUUGUUGGAGAUGAGGCAUGGGCUACUAAAGGGAAGAAAUGGAGGGCUGGCACUCGGUCACUCUCUGCGUGGACAUACGAGAGCAAUGAUUCUGCAAGACCGAUCGCACCUGUGACUAUGGUCUGGCGUGUACAGGAAACCCCGGAAGAUGUUGAGAUGGCCAACAACGAUCAAGAUAAACCAAAACAGCCACGACGGAAGCUUUGGAUUCGUGUUCACCCGUCUGCAUUCCUGCAACUGUGGACUGAGAUACUUGAGAUAUCCAAGCUUCAGAACCCCAGUGUCAUGGUGGAAGACUUGAGAUUUGAUAUUGGAAGUAUUGAAAUUACAGGCCCGGGAUCCGUCGAAGCAUUGCUCAGUGCAUUGAGACCAGUUCUCACUUCGGAUGGCAAAUCUCCAGAGCCUGAGAGUCCAGAGACUGUCUGGUCUUCUUUGCUGGGCGUAUCAAAUUCAUCAUCACUCCCGCAGAAUGCCCUUCUAUCCUUCUCCAUCUCAGACCCCCGCAUCCAAUUCCCACCGCAAAUUCUCCGGGUUCCUGACACUGAGUCCCACAUGAAUGAUCUGGCUAUGUUACUGGCCAAUUGGUCUCCAGAUCGAACGCAAGGACCUCCUGCUAUUUUCGAACGGUCAAGUCGUCUAGCAGCUGCACGCCAGCUACCUAGCCAGAAAGCCAUCAACCGCCGCCGCACAAUUGCUGGCCCAGGCAUUCAUCCCGCUCCCCAGUCCAAUGACCCGCAAAUUCCAGUUAUGGUACUUGCAAAUCGGCCACAGGCUUCCUCCAAGGGAACGAGCGCACCGGGGUCAUGGACUGUGCUAUUACCUUGGAAGUGUGUUGUUCCAGUUUGGUAUUCGAUCAUGUACUGCCCGCUCUCUAGCGGAGGAAACCCACGUUUUGGUGGCCUGAAGGAACAACAACAGCUCGCCUUUGAAGCAGGUGAAGCAUGGUUUCCGGGUGACUUCCCUGGCACCCGUGCUGGUUGGGAAUGGGGCCAGAAGGAAGCAGAAAAGGCUCAAAAGGACUGGGAAAGAAGACCUAAGGGUCGUCGAGUGGAGUUUGACAGUCUAAAUUUGGGCGAUAGUCACCCUAAGGGAGAAAUCGGAGAUGGAUGGGCAUGUGACUGGAAGAGACUUGCCCAGGGUUCAUCGCAUGACGCAGCGGAAAAGACUACGUCGACCCAGGACACAGAGUCGGACGAAUUGCCCUGUCCACCUCUCAAUCUCCAAAAUAUCCGAUACCCUCCUAACAAGACGGACCGCACCCUCAGCCAUCUCUCUAAAUCACCUCCUGGCUCUGGCGCGCUUGCCUCCGUACACAUCACACUCUCCAGUCGUGGAACACCCACUCCAUGUGCCCGCAUUUAUCGUCUCCCUGCAGACUCUUUGCAGCGCCAAAAAUGGCUUGCUUCGUCCUCAUCUAAAGAUAAGAAAAAUGGACGCCAAGGCUCUACAUCAUCCGAUGAUGAAGUAAGACGCCAACUCGCACAAUCACUUAUAUCGACUUUUACGUCAGAGAAUGAUGCAUCAAAUCAUUUGGAAGUUCCCAAAGAGGAUGAUCUCAUAGGAUUCGUCACUUCUGGAAACUACAACCUUACAGAGGGCAAGGGAACUGCCAUUGGGUCGAUUUUAUUGUCAAAGGUUCUGACACAUGAUGUCGCCAAGCCGCACGAGAGGAAAAUGUGUAUCGUCCGUACUGCCGGAGAGAAGAUUGGACGAUUAGGAUUGUGGGAGCUGGUUUAA